UGUCCGGCCGUAUUCAAAUACUGACCACGUUCAUCGUUAUUCGUUCUCACUUUCGCCUUACCUCUUAUCGUCAUUUAUCAUAAUCUCCAUCCAUCCACACUCACAAUGCCGAGGCUCUCCUACGAAGAGCAACGAGAGAGAAAGCGUGCUCAAGACCGGGCCGCCCAACGAGCGUCGAGAAAUCGUGCUAAAGAUCGAGUAGCCCGUUUGGAGCAUCAAAUCGCCCAGCUGCAAGCCGGUGGUGACGAGGCCAUGAUGGAGCAAAUGAAGCAGAUGCAGCAAGAACGGUCACAGCUGCGUACCUUGGCUGAUCAGCUUCUGAACAUCGCCGGCGCCCUAGACACCACCUUAGGUCCCGUGAACGGUGGAAGUGGCCUCUCAUCACCUCAGCCUACCCGAAAAAGUCUUCUAGGAGAAAUUGUUCAUGACUACGAAGCUCUCAAAUCCACCCAUCCCACGCCGGCCAUGCCCCUAACAGACCCUCAUUCCAUCCUGGUCGGUGUCCUCAAUGGUUGGAAUGUUCCUGUGUCGGUCCAGGAGGAGCCAGUUCAUCGCCUCAUGGCUCACCUUCAUCGCAGGCUCAUGCUCGAGCGACCAUUAGUCAGGCCAAUUGAUCAGCUUGCCAUUCUAUAUUUGAUCCAAAUGUCUCUUCUAUUUCUGCUUGCUCAACUAGAAACCUACCGAGCAUAUUUGAGCCAUGUCCCUGGCUGGUUGUACCCCACACCGGCUCAAAGUAGUAUUCGACACAAUGUUACCAUCGACAUGCUUCCAUGGCCGCAGUUACGCCUAUAUCUUCUCUCGCAGCCGGACGUUGAGAGCUACAACACUCAGCCCUGCAACGACCUCGCUACGCAAACCCUACGGAGCAUGAUCUUCGUGCCAGAAAUCAACUUUGAAGAUGCCUAUCUUGUCGGCCCCGAUCGCCGGUUAACCCUAAGUCCGCAAUUCAGGCAACUCUUCUCUCCGGAGGCAUCCUCGGCGCCUUUUGCCGUGACCCCGUCCUUUUUAGACCAGUAUCCGAACCUGCGUGGGAUCGUUCCCGAAUGGAAGUCCCAUGGUCACGGGGACAGGACUCGUUCUGAGGCAUGGGAUCUAGUCGCUCAAGACGGCUACAAGGGAAAUAACCAGGCAAACCCUGGGCUGCUGGAUGGCCGGACUUCGAAUGCCGUACGAGACCAGUCCUCAAUUUCUCGAGGGAGCGAUCUGCCAGCUCCAUCGUUAGUUUCUGUCCCGCCUGCAUCACCUACGCACAGUGUAUUCGCGGGCGAGCCGAUGGGAAAUUGGUAUGAGGCCCUGGGCUUUCUAGCGGAAACCGAUUCCGUGCCCAGCUGGCUACUUGAACCUGCUGAAGAGAGGCUGGAUAAUUUGUAACUUUGCGACAGGAACUGAGAAGCACGCUUCUUAACGAUAUACCGAAACCCGAACCCAAUCAAUAACCAAUAGCAGGGCAGAUAUAAUCUAUUCCCAAGUCUGCCUUCAAUUGCCCCUUUCUAUUCAAAGUGCAACAAACCGCUUCAAAUCGAUAAGCAGAAAGGCUAAUCACUCCCCUCUUCAAUCUCCCUCUUCUUCUCCUUAUCCAACCCAAACUCCGUCUCCAAAUGCUCCCGCAUCGGCACCUCCUUCACCACAAACGCGACCAGAAAUCCCAGAAUCGCAAACGCAAGACCAACAUACCACACGAUGCGCAGGCUAUCCACAUAAACGCCCACAACGGCAGUCUUGACACGAGGGCUAUCAUUCAACGAAGUCAUG